UUAUAAUUUCUUCCCCUUCAGGUUUAUGGAUCCCGAACCAACAACAUGUGCAUCAUGACCGGGAUGAUGCAGAUGAUCAGAGAGGGUGGUAUGAAGUCAUUGUGGCGAGGAAAUGGUGUGAACAUCAUCAAAAUCGCCCCGGAGACGGCCCUAAAGUUCAUGGCGUAUGAGCAGAUAAAAAAAUUGAUCUGUAACGAUAAGCAGACUCUGGGGAUCUUGGAUCGAUUUGUUGCAGGGUCUCUGGCCGGAGUGCUCGCACAGAGCACUAUCUACCCAAUGGAGGUCCUGAAAACCCGCCUUGCUCUGAGGAAGACCGGGCAGUACUCGAGUAUCUCAGACUGUGCCAAGCAGAUUUUCAGGAGAGAAGGACUCAGUGCUUUUUAUAAAGGCUAUAUUCCCAACAUGUUGGGCAUCAUCCCCUACGCAGGCAUCGACCUGGCAGUGUACGAGACGCUGAAGAACAGAUACCUGCAGCAGUACGGCACCAACAGCAGCGACCCCGGCGUGCUGGUCCUGCUGGCCUGUGGCACUGUGUCAAGCACCUGCGGUCAGCUCGCCAGUUACCCUCUGGCUCUGGUCCGCACCCGCAUGCAAGCACAAGCAGCAGUGGAGGGCAGCCAGCAGAUGACCAUGUCCGGUCUCUUCAGGCAGAUCUUGCAGACCGAGGGCCCGACGGGGCUGUACAGGGGCCUCGCCCCCAACUUCCUCAAAGUCAUCCCUGCCGUUAGCAUUAGCUACGUGGUGUACGAGCAUUUGAAGACACAGCUUGGGGUGAAAUCCCGCUGAAGCUCACCCUCUCAUCGUCAGGACACUUCUGAAGAUUCCUGUGACAAGUGACCCUCACCCACUCUCCCUCCCAUACCGCUCCUGCUAGGGGAACCCAGGGGCCUUUUGGUUCCUGUAGCGAUCUCAUUCUGUGAAUGUCUGUCUGAAUAUGAAAGACGAGAAAGGACACUUAAGUUGAACAGGUGGAGGAUAUGGACUCUGUGAGCUCAUGUUGUCGGUAUUGUAAACUGCUGCUAUUUUUAUUUAAUUUUUUUUAAAUAACUUGAAAUGAGAAAAAUGAUGGAUGUGGGUGAUCAGCUAUUGGAGGACCAAAUGCUUAUAUUCUCCCUGCAGUUUGGUGCCUGUGACAGCUUUUUUUCAUAGUAGUGUGAUUGCAAGCUCUGGGCCGUUCACCAGCAUUUGUGUUAUGCAACUCUGGGGGGGAAAAACUCCAAUUACGAGUAACUUUAGAUGGCAGAUAGCAUUAAUAAGCAGUUUCAUUAUUCAACCAUUCUGCCUAUAGGAAGAAAUGUGUUCUUGACCAAGAGAACUUUGCACACGUGAGUUUGAUCUCUCCAUCCCUCUCCCGAAUGAAUCAAUGAAUGGAUGAGCAGAUUUCCUGAAUGCCAGUCUGCAAUAUUUAUUGUUUUGAAUGUCUAGGAAAGGAGGUACAAUGCUGCGUGAUCCUGGAGAGCCAAAUGUACGACCUUUAUAAAUGCAGUGAUUGUAUUCAGGGUGAAAACUAACACCAGAGACAGCCUUAACAUGCGCCUUUGAAACGCUAAACACACACACACACAUUGUGGUGUGUGUGUGUUUAAACUGUUUCAGAUUAUGUCUGUUAACUUGUGUAGAUGUUCUUACCCGUUUUCAAGGUAUAAAGGUCUUAAUGUUCACCUCAGGUUACGGGCAGAUUAUUGUUUAAUUCACAGAAAAGCACACAAAGCCAAUGUUUUUUUGUUUCACUACAUGUUCACUAAGAAAAACCAGGGCUUUAAAAAAAGAUGGGUGACAUAAUGCACUUUAAUCGAUGCUGGAAGGGCCUCUGAAUGAAUGUCAUAUCAAUCCAGGUAUUAAGAUUUAAUUAUUCUUUUGUAAAGAAUUCGUUUUAGUCUUGUUUUAUUGGACAAUUUUGAUGCAAAUAAAUGCAAAUUCUU